AUGGCGUCUGUUAUUUUCAAGACCAUCUCGCUACUCAACCUUUGUCUUACGCUUCACAAUUCCCAGACACAAGCUCUCGACUGGUCUGCUGACCAGGUCGAGUGGAAUCUCAAUCAGAAUGAAAACGCCACUGGACCUCUUGAAUACUGGGGCGAAUGGGAAAAUCACCCCAAAACACCUUCACCUUCCAACUGGAGAAUGCCUUUCUACAUGUUAACGCUGGAUCGUUUUGUAGAUGGAAAACCUUCGAACAACGACGCCAACGGUACAGUAUUCGAGAACGACUGGACUACAAACCAGUUCCGUUUUGGCGGAGAUGCAAAAGGCUUGAUGGAUAAUCUGGACUGGAUCCAGGACCUCGGUAUUAAGGCUAUCUACUUCUCCGGCAGUCCAUUCAUCAACAUGCCCUGGGCUUCUGACGGCUUCGGACCUCUCGAUUUCACAUUGCUUGACGCACACCAUGGAACGAUUGACGAAUGGCGCCAAUUGAUUCAGGAGCUGCAUACUCGUGGAAUGUACGCGAUCAUGGAGAACACCAUAGGUACAAUGGGAGAUCUCCUCGCAUUUGAGGGCUGGGAGAAUGAAACAACACCCUUUAAUGCACACGAAUACGAUGCCCUCUGGAAGAGCAGCCGCAGAUACCACGACUUUGAGAUCAGUAACGACGUUCUUCAAGACUGUGAAUACCCUGUCUUCUACGGAGAUGAUGGAUUUCCAGUCAACGCCUCGAUCAUGGCUACUUUCGACAACCAAUGCCGCAAAUCCGAUUUCGAUCAGUAUGGCGACAUGAAGGGAGUUGGCUACGUACCUCCCUACCAGAGUCAACUUUCAAAAUUUGCCAGUGUGCAGGAUCGUCUCAGAUUGUGGAAGCAUGAUGUCCUGGAGAAAGUGAAGCAUUUCAGUUGCAUGCAAAUUGCCAUGCUUGAUAUUGAUGGAUUUCGAGUUGAUAAAGCACUCCAAACUCCCGCUGAUGCCCUCGCCGAGUGGGCUACGUAUCAACGUGAAUGCGCCCGCCAAUAUGGAAAAGACAAUUUCCUUGUUACCGGUGAAGUUGUCGGAGAGCUGAAAUAUUCUUCCGUUUUCUUUGGUAGAGGCAAGUCUCCCAAUACAUACUUCGACAACCAAACGGAGGCACAACUCGCCACCAAUGCUACAGAGGGAUAUAUCCGCGAGUCCGGAAACAACGCACUUGACGGUAGCAACUUCCAUUACCCUACUUAUGGUGCGUUGACGAGGUUUCUGGGCCUCGACGGAGACAUUGGUUUUGAGGGCGUUGACUUCGCUCAGCACUGGAACGCAUACCUACUCACCGACGACUUCGUAAACGUCAACACUGGCCUGUUCGACCCACGUCAUAUGUUCGGCACUACAAACCAGGAUGUGUUCAGAUGGCCAGCACUUGUCAAUGGAACACAACGACAAGUUCUUGGCUUUUUCAUCACUUUCUUAGAAAUGCCUGGAAUCCCCGAACUCAUCUGGGGCGACGAAGUGGAGUUCAAAGUCCUGGAGAAUUUGGCUGCCGAUUACAUGUUUGGUCGCCAACCGAUGGCGUCAACUCGAGCAUGGCAAAUGCACGGGUGCUACAAGGUCGGAGCUGCUGGCAAUGGCUACUACGACAUGCCGUUCGGAGAUGCUCUGCUUGCUUGUCAGGACGACUCAGUCAGUCUUGAUCAGAGAAACCCAGCGCACAGCUUGCGUAAUUUGAUCAAAAGAAUGUUCCAAUUGAGAACCCACUAUCCUGUCCUAAACGACGGCUUCACCCUCCAGACGCUCUUCUUCGAGACACACGAUGUGUUCUUACCUCACAGCGGACAACUCCCGACGCCUCUUGGUAUUUGGUCGGUUUAUCGUGGCCGGACUCCCGGGGUCCAGGACUUCACUGGAGAAGGUAUGGGUAACCAAGGUAUCUGGCUGCUUUAUUCCAAUCAGAACGAGACCGUUCACUACUCAUAUGACUGCUCCAACUCAUCUGGAUCUCUCGUCGCACCAUUUCCUGAAGGCACCACUAUCAAGAAUCUGUUCUACCCAUACCAGGAGUAUACGUUGAACUCUUCCACUACAAAGCUUGGUAUCGAAGGUUCAGACGAGAUCAACGGCUGUCUGCCCGGAAUUGAACUAGAAGCAUGGGGCUUCCGCGCAUUUGUCCCUAUCGACAAAUUCGUGGCAGCGACUCCUGUAAUUUCUGGAGCCAUUCCUCGCCACGAUGCCAGAAUCGAAACCACUGCGGAUUUUAAUGAUGUGAUCGCCGUUCCAGUCACGCUCUCGUUCACCCAAGCAAUGGACUGCUCUUCAAUUCUGAAGUCCAUCAGCUUCGAGUCGACGACACAAACAGGCAUUGUUCCGCACUUCGAGGCGUCAAGUGUUGUCUGUCGCAACAUCACAGUAGACAACUCUCAGCGCUUUGUAGGAGAGGCACUUUCAACCUUCCAGUGGUCUGCAAACCUCGUAAAUCUCAGCCAUGGUGUACACACCUACACAGUAGCCAAUGCAUCCAGCGCUGACGGAAUCUCCUUCACGAACACAAAAGACAAAUUCAUGCUCCGCGUCGGUCUUAAGGAUAAUCCAGUUGUUUUCCCCAGUUCUGCCAACUAUACUACUGGCCUUGUUCAUCGGGAUGCGACUACAGGCGAGCUCCGAGUAACACCGAAAGCCGCCGGGUCUACUCAAUGGCGAUUCUCGACAAACUAUGGCUCGAGCUGGUCCGACUGGACUUCGUACACUGGCGAGACAACGACCAUCGAAGAGCAGGCCUGGUCUGGCACCAGCGCUCAGCAGUGGUCGGGCGUGCACAUUGUGACACAAUACUACAGUCCUUUGAUAGGAUCGACUGACCAUGUUCAACACUCCGAUCUUGAUGCCGAAGUUCCUAGAAGAUGGCCUAAAGUUCACGUUCAAGGACCUUGGAACCAGUAUGGGUACGAUGCUGGUCUUAAUGACCAGAUGAAGCAAGAUUCUGAAGGCAUAUGGAACUUCGAUUUGUCUUCCGAAUGGCCAACCUCAGUGAUUUUGAAUGUCUGGGGAAUGAACCCUGAUGGGGCCCCUGACAAAUCCGCUGCCUAUGGCGACGUCGAUGGUGACAAUGUACUCGAUUGGGUUCCACCAGACAGUUUGUCUUUUAACCAGCUCAACAUAACACCACCAAGCUGGCCCCAUACUGCCUACAAAAUUGCAGUGAACGAUGGAUCUAUGCGCUACACCAUCACUCCAACUGGCUCUGCAAACAGACAGCUCGCAUUGUACAUCCUUUUGGCAACUCUCCCUCUCAUAACCGCCUGCCUGGCUGUCGCAAUCUACCAUGGCUCAUUCUAUCGCUUGAAAUACAACUCGAUCGGUCUAACGAAGCGAAGUUAUCCUUUCAACCAGUUCCAAAAGAAGAGAAGCGUGUCGGACAUUCUGCCUUUAUCGUUCACUAAGAUCUCAGAAAAGCAAGAUGCCACUGAUGCUCCCGAAGCCAGCGACGGAGCUGUUAUCACAACUGAGACUUCCAGAACCAUCCUCAUCGCCACUAUGGAGUACGCUAUUGCCGACGAAUGGAACAUCUCCAUCAAGAUUGGUGGUUUGGGAGUUAUGGCUGGUUUGAUGGCUAAGCAUCUUACUCAUCACAAUCUCAUUUGGGUGGUACCCUGCGUCGGAGACGUAGUCUACCCAAUUGACCGUGUGAUGGAACCUAUUAAGAUCACUGUUAUGGGUAAGCCAUACUUGAUCGAUUGUCAAAUCCAUGUUGUCGGCAGAAUUACAUAUGUCUUGCUUGAUGCACCACUUUUCCGCCAACAAACCAAGAAGGAGCCAUAUCCAGCCAGAAUGGAUGACCUUGACAGUGCGAUUUACUACUCAGCAUGGAACGCUUGUAUCGCCGAAGUCAUGAGGAGACACCCUGAAAUUGAUAUCUACCACAUCAACGACUACCACGGAGCUGUCGCACCUCUGCACCUUCUUCCUCGCGUCAUCCCUGUCUGCUUGUCAUUACAUAACGCCGAAUUCCAAGGCUUGUGGUCCAUCAACACACCGAAGAAGAUGCAAGAAAUGAGCGAUGUGUUCAACCUGGAUAAAUCGAUCAUACGACGAUACGUCCAGUGGGGCGACAACUUCAACCUCUUGCACGCCGGAGCCAGCUAUCUACGCAUUCACCAGAAGGGCUUUGGAGCCGUCGGUGUGUCGAAGAAGUAUGGUGCACGUUCAUUCGCUCGCUAUCCCAUCUUCUGGGGUCUGCCCAAAAUUGGUAUUCUACCAAACCCCGACCCGGCUGAUAUCGAGCAUUUCGACAAAUGUCUUCCUAACCCGGACGUCGCCAUUGACAGAGAAUACGAGGCUUCUCGUGGGGCCACUCGCAAGCAAGCACAGCAAUGGGCCAAUCUGAACAUUGACGAAUCAGCUGAGCUCUUCGUCUUUGUUGGAAGAUGGAGCAUGCAAAAAGGAAUUGACCUUAUCGCAGACGUCUUCCCGAAAGUCCUGGAAGAGAACCCAAAAGCACAGUUGAUUUGUGUGGGCCCCGUCAUCGACCUUUAUGGAAAGUUCGCAGCUCUGAAGCUCGACUACCUGAUGAAGAAGUAUCCUGGCAGAGUGUACUCGAAGCCAAUGUUCGUCUAUGUGCCACCAUUUGUCCAUGCUGGAGCCGAAUUUGCUCUUAUUCCUUCACGCGACGAGCCUUUCGGCUUGGUCUCUGUCGAAUUUGGACGCAAGGGAGCUCUUGGAGUCGGAGCAAAGGUUGGAGGUCUGGGACAGAUGCCAGGUUGGUGGUUCCAGAUCGAGUCAUCAAUGACUCGUCACAUGCUCAGUCAAUUCAAGAAAUGUAUUCAAGCCGCGUUAUCCUCGGACCAAGAGACUCGAGCUCUCAUGAGAGCAAGAUCUAAGGAGCAGAGAUUCCCCGUUGCGCAAUGGGUAGAAGACCUCGAGAUCUUGCAAACUAAGGCCAUCAAAAUCAACACAAAGGUUCAGGAUGGUUCAGUGUCUGCUCUGAGCACGCCUAACAGCACACCCAACAGCUCGCCUCCGAGAUCACGCGCCCAGUCUCGUGUUGCAUCUCCUGCAGCCUCAAGAUCUUCCUCGCCUACCCCGGAGACACCAGCCCCUCAAUUCAGACGUCGACUUUCCUCGUUAUUGUACCCUGUUCAUCCGACAGCGGAGCAAUACAUGCCGUUCCGCCGCAGACUUUCGUCGCUCUUCCCAAUGUCACGUCGUUCGCCAUUCCAGCACUCAGAGGCUGGUGCAGACAUUUCCGAACUCGAAGAAUCUAGAGACGAAGUCGGUUCGCUCCCUCCUUCUUCUCCAACAUUCCGUCCUGGAACAGCUGGAAGCAUGAGUGCCGCUCAUGCCUUGUUCACACCUGGAUUUGGGUUUGCAGAGGAGCAGAAUCUACCAGGCGAACUCACAAGACCUACACUCGCUCACUACAGACGUUCUUCCACACUCAGUGUCGACGAAGUUGUAGGAGAGAAGACUGACUACUCCCUCCAAAAAGUUGAUCAGAGCUUCACCGACAGCCAGCUGGACUACUACCGCAUAUACGAAACAAUGCUUGGAUCUCUAACGGCCAAGAACUCCGAAGGCAAACUCUGCAUUGAGACUUUCCUGCAUUCAGCCGAGAAGAACUGGUACCGUAGAUUUGGUGAAGCCAAACUUGGCCGAACUGUGGUCUCUCCUCCAGAGGUGGGUAGCAAGAAGUUCGGUGCGAAGGGUGUCUCGGUCACAGUUCGUGAGGCAUCCUCCAUCAGCGAGAGCGAACGUACUGCCAGUGUUGGUGCUAUGUCUCAUACGAGCGCUGAACAGUUCUUCACGACCGCCAACUACAAGGCGCCAACUGGUAUCUCGAAGUUGAUGAUGUCGAAGAUACCUUACCUGGCACCGGAUUGGCCAUUGUACGCUUACCUCAUGGCUUUUGGACAAAUCAUUGCCGUAAACAGUCAUCAGAUCACGAUCAUCACUGGAGCACAGGGCGAGAACGCAAACAAACUUUACACCAUCGCUUCCAUCUACUUGGCCGGAUCACUCUUUUGGUGGUUGAUGAUCCGUAGACUCGCGAGCAAAUGGGCACUCUCCCUGCCCUUUGUUCUAUACGGUCUAGCAUUCGUUUUUGUCGGCCUGGCUCCCUUUGGCACUACCCUCGACAGUCGCGGUUGGAUCCAGAACGUUGGAGCCGGUCUCUAUUCAUUCGCUUCUGCCUCUGGUUCUCUUUACUUCGCCUUGAACUUCGCAAGUGAAGGUGGUGUGCCCAUUCAGACAAUGAUAUUCAGAGCGACUGCCGUCCAAGGCGUCCAACAACUCUGGGUCGCCGCCCUAUGGGCAUGGGGAAGUGCCAUGUCGGCCAAUCACACCUCCCAAUUCACCAACACAAUCAUGAACUCAAAGGUCCUUCUUGCCAUUAUGGCACCAAUUGCCCUCUUAUUCGUUUCUGUCGGCGUCAUCCUUCUCUUCGGCCUCCCAGAGUAUUACCACAAUUCUCCUGGAAAAGCACCCAGUUUUUACACCAGUGUGUGGAAGCGCAAGAUUGUGCUGUGGUUCUUUGUCGCCAUCAUCGCUCAAAACUACUGGCUUUCCGCACCCACUGGACGCAAUUGGCAGUAUCUAUUCAGCAGUACCCAAGCUCCAGUCUGGAGUAUUGUUCUUCUGCUACUUCUCUUCUUCAUCGUCAUCUGGUGUGUUGCUCUUUACACCCUUUCCAGAUUUAGUGGGCAUCAUUCAUGGUUCUUGCCUAUCUUUGGUGCUGGUCUCGGUGCCCCACGUUGGUGUCAGAUGCUCUGGAGCACUUCUGGUAUGGGUCUUUACCUACCCUGGGGCUCAACCCUGGGUAGUGCGAUUGCUGGAAGGUCUUUGUGGCUGUGGCUUGGUACCUUAGAUGCCCUUAGUGGUGUCGGUAUUGGUACCAUGCUUCUCCAAACACUCACUCGUCACCACGUUGCUGUCACAUUGACUGCUGCCCAAGUAUUGGGUUCAAUCGCCACCAUCGCAGCUCGCGCUUCUUCACCCGAUGCUACCGGUCCUGGCGCCGUGUUCCCUAACCUGGCAGUCAGUCUGGCUGGACUGGGCGCUUGGGAGUUCUGGGUGGCUCUUCUUUUCCAGUUGGUUCUGCCGAUUGGUUUCCUUAUGUUUUUCCGCAACGAACAGUUGUUCAAGCCUUGA